UCGCUGCGCGGCGCUGCGGGCGGAAGCGAGCCGAGCGGAGGUGGCGGUUACCGUGGCAGCGCCCGGAGGGGAAAAUGCUUCCUCUGUCCUUGCUGAAGACCGCACAGAACCACCCCAUGCUGGUGGAGCUCAAAAAUGGGGAAACGUACAAUGGACACCUGGUGAGCUGUGACAACUGGAUGAACAUCAACCUCCGAGAAGUCAUCUGCACCUCCAGGGAUGGAGACAAGUUCUGGCGCAUGCCCGAGUGUUACAUCCGUGGCAGCACCAUCAAGUACUUGCGCAUCCCCGAUGAGAUCAUCGACAUGGUGAAGGAGGAGGUGGUGUCCAAAGGCCGUGGCCGUGGCGGGAUGCAGCAGCAGAAGCAGCAGAAGGGGCGUGGAAUCGGCGGCGUGGGGCGUGGUGUGUUUGGGGGCCGUGGCCGAGGCGGCAUGCCGGGGAGCGGCCGAGGGCAGCAGGAGAAGAAGCCCGGGCGGCAGCUGAAGCAGUGAGGCGCCCGGCCGUGGCUGGGGGGACAGUGCCUUGGUCUGCUGCCUGCCCCCCCUCCCCCCGUAAUGCCACAGAACAAACUUCUGAGCGUGGUUUUUGUAUUUAGUUUUCUUAAAUGGCAGUAAGUCAGGGAUUUAGCGAAAAGGUCCGCCAGUGUUUCCUUCCCCUAAACUCACACAUCAAAAACCUUUCAGGACUGAGCCGGUCCUUUCCCGGGACAGCUCGGGAUGGCACCUCUGUUUGUCUUCCUCUUUUUGCAGUUGCUUUGGUGAGAUCAGCAGUAGCUUCUCGCCGACAUGCGGCAUUUUGGGACUGAGUGUGGCACUCUGCACUAGCUUCGGCAGCUGUAUGGUACAGUCCAGCCCUGAGCUGCUUGGAAGUGGCUUUUCUCCAGGGUGGGGCUGGAUCACACCUGUCCUGCACAGCCACGGAUUCACAAGAAGGCACCAAGCUGUGUCCCAGUAGCUGAGACUGUUGCGUGAGGAGAAGUUUCUCUCCCCUUGUCUUAGAAAAGAAGGGAUUUGAGAUGCCCCGGGGGCGAAGACGCAGCGGUGUGUCAGGAUCAUGCCAGGCCAGCUCUAGGGUCAAAAUAUUGGGCUUCCAAUUCCACUCUCAAGUGUUCCAGCGUCUGGCCCUGUGGUGGCAAAAGCAGCGCCUGCCGCCUUGGGGGGUGCGGGCGGCCUUGGGCGGCUCCCCCCGUGGGGCGUGGGGCCUGUGACACCUGCAUGCUGGCUCCCCAGCCAGUGGCCCAGUAGCCAGAGGCGAGCGAGGGCCCCCCAGCUGGCUGCCGGAGACGACGUCCAAGGGCAGGUGUCUCCUUUUGAGAACGGCACCGUGGAGGGUGCUGAGUUUGCCACUGGCUGGAUGUCUGUGCCAAAGCUGAUGCUGGCACAUUCAGUACUGUUCCCCUUUUUCUUUCCCUUCUUUUUAAAAAUCGAAGUUUCUGAACCAGUUGUGUGUACGAUAAGAAUAGAAUAAAAUAUUUCCUGAUCUUUGAAA